CACGCACGCACGACUCAGCCUCCGUCCCGUCCCGUUUCUUCAGCCCGCCCCGGCCGGCACGAUUCUCCAUCGGGCCUCGACGCACCGUUCGACUGAUUCACCCAUCGUCCCAUUCUCCUGCCCACGCACUGCUCCAUCUCUCCCUCCCUGCGCUGCCUUUCCUUGCCUUGCCUUGCCUUGUACCGCCCUACCGCUCCGCGCCCGUCUUCACAUCGCACAAUGACCCCCGGCACCGCCGUUGCCGCUGUCCAGGGAUGAUGGCGUCCGACAUUGCGUCCCGCAUCAGGGCGCGCCUGUCGCGGCGUCGACACUCGGCCACGGCGUCGCUGGCCAGCUCGACCCGGAGCAGCGCCCUCCUCGCUGCUGACGACGCCGCUGCCGCCGCCGCCGCCGCGCCUCGCCGCGAGCACUCGUCCAUGAGCCGCGCGAGCGCCCGCGACGCGCCCACGCUGCACACGCAGGGCAGCAGCGGCUUCUUCGUCGUCAUGCCCGUACCGACCGUCGACGAGGGCCACGGCCACGGGGUGGGUGACGGUGAUGGCGAGGACGAGGGCGAGGGCGAGGGCGAGGGCGAAUGCGCUGGCGAGGCUCCUCCAGGGUCUGCCAAGACCACUGUUCCAGGGGCUCAUCGGUCGCUACAGGGGCCGCAUCCACCGCCCGCCCAGCACCACCACCUCCACCACCACCACCAGAGCCGCACCACGCACCAACAGCUGGAGCAGCUCAGCAACGAGGACCCGCAGCGGCCAAAGAAUCAACCACCGCCCCGGCCAGAGAACCCGCAACUGGAAUCCUCCCAGCUUCCUCCUCCCGGACCAUCGCCGUCCACUCCGCCUCCUCCAUCCCUGUCCUCGUCGACCUCGCACUCCCCGUCGACCACCAACGGCACUGCUGCGAACCCUCACCAUCUGACGCCCGUCUCUCCCCCGCCGCCUCCAUCGUCCAACCCCCUGGCUACGAGCUCUGCACUCCGCAGCAUCCACGAAUACUCGAUCCCCCGAUCCGUCACCACCGACGACAGCGAUUCCCAGCCUCGCCAUGGCCACGAUCGCGACCACGACCAACUAAGCGUCGACUCCUACUCAGCCGCCGCACCUGCCUCUGCCCUGGGUGGCCUGCCUCCCGCCACGCGCGCCCCCAUCCCCGUACCCGCCGCCGACGGCUCGGACGCACCCCGGCGGCAGAGCCUCUUCGCAAGCCGCCAGACGGCUCUCAUCCGCACGCUGCUCCAGGGCUCUGGCGCUACCAACAACGGCGACGCAGCCGCCGGAGAUUCUCUCCAUCGACCCUCCAUCGACGUCAACAUGGUGACUCGCAAGAUCUGGGUCAAGCGGCCCAACGCCUCGGCCACCACAAUCACCAUCAACGAGGAGGACCUGGUCGACGACGUGCGCGACAUGAUCCUCCGCAAGUAUGCCAACUCGCUCGGCCGAACCUUUGACUCGCCCGACCUCAAUAUCCGCAUCUAUCCCCGCGACCAGGACAAGGAGCGCCUCCUCGGGCCCGAGGAGCUCAUGGCCCGCACCCUCGACCGAUACUUCCCCGGCGGCCAGACGGUCGACGAGGCCCUCGUCAUCGACAUCCCCCGCCGCACGCCCAAGCCCUCCCCGCGCGCACCUCCCGCCCCCGGCACCACGACCUACUACGUGACCGACGACGGGCGGCCCUCGGAGGCCGGCGAGGGCUACUUCCCUCCCGUCACGGCUUCCGUACCGUCUCCCCAUCUCGCACACGCUGUCCCCGUGCCGACUAAUGGUGCAGUCACGCACUCGAUCGCCGUACUUGGCACCGGCCACAUCCCCCCCAUCCCGUCGCCCGGCAGCACCCGCCCGCGCGUGCACAGAGAUCACCGCUCAGAACGACCAAGGCUCGUUCGACAGCACACCGCAUCGCCCACAGUCGUAGGCGGCCACCCGGCGGCCACACCUCCCGUCCCAAGCCAUGAUCAUCCGCCCCUGCCCACCGUCAAGUCGUCCAUGCCCAAGUCGCCCGGCCCAGCGCCCGAGCCCACGCCCGCGAGGGUCGCCACGCCACCACCGCGGAUCGCCUCCCCGCGAUCGUCGAGCGCCAGGCCCAAGAAGGUCAAGAAGGCCACCGAAUAUGCGACCAUGCCCACGUCGGCCACCAGCAAGCUGCUCAACGGGUCGGUGCCCCCCAUCAACGUCCUCAUUGUCGAAGACAACCCCAUCAACUUGAAACUGCUGGAGGCUUUUGUGAAGCGGCUCAAGGUGCGGUGGCAGACAGCCAUGAACGGCAGAGACGCAGUGACCAAGUGGCGGGCCGGCGGCUUCCACUUGGUUCUCAUGGACAUUCAGCUGCCCGUCAUGAACGGCCUCGACGCCACAAGAGAGAUUCGGCGGCUGGAGAGGGUCAACUCCAUCGGUGUCUUCUCAUCUACCCCCGGAGGGCCGCCGGACGAAGCGACGGGCGGCACGCAUGAGAUCAAGGAUCAGGAUCGCCUGGAGAACCUGACCAUGUUCAAGAGCCCUGUCAUCAUCGUCGCCCUGACGGCAAGCUCACUGCAGAGCGACAGGCACGAAGCGCUGGCCGCCGGCUGCAACGACUUUCUAACAAAGCCCGUCAACUUUGUAUGGCUCGAGCGCAAGGUGAUGGAGUGGGGCUGCAUGCAGGCCCUGAUCGACUUCGACGGCUGGCGCAAAUGGAAAGACUAUUCACAGCAAGCCGAGGCGUCGGAAGCGAGCAAGAAGGCAAUGGAGAAGGCAAAGGCCAAAGCUAAGAAGAAUCGGGCGUCCGUCUCUUCCUCUACCUGAGCCCGGAGCUCCGCAGGUAUUACUUUUGUAUUCACGACACGGCAUAUCUAGGGACGAACGUGGGAAUGAUGACGGCCACGAUGCGCGGGCACGGGUAUGAUGCGAUAGAUGAUACCAGGCACGGAUGUAUCUGAGAUUUGAUAUAAGUGUUGUAAUGAACAUGGUCACCAUCAA